GUGCAAUUUCUUGUCACAAUCAAUUCACAACAAUGGUGGGGAUGUGGGAGAUUCCCCGCUCCUCACCUCCCCAUCCACAGUGAGCAAACGCAUUGCUGUGUAAGCAACCGAAAAGCAUUAGGAAAGAGAGCGAAAAGUGUCUAAAAGCAGUACAGAAGCAAAAGCGCCCAUGAACUCCCACAUUCUUCUUCAAUGGACUUUCUCUCUCUCUUCCUCCCCUUUUUCAUCUUAAAGAUAGUCAUCAAAUUGAAGUACCCUGGGUCUUUCAUCAUCAGGAGUCUCCUCCAAGCAACUCUCGCUCCUCGCCCUUAAACUCUUCCUCAUUUCCCCUUCCAUUCCUUUCAUUUAUUCCCCUUCUUCAACCUAAACUGUGCUCAAUUCAACCAUGCCGGGUCUGAAAACCCCCCCCGAACCCACACCCCUUCCCACACCCCUUCAAAUUCGCGUUCCAGAUGAUCCCAGUUUUCGAAAACACGACAAUGGUACUCCCAGAAGUUAUGCCAGGCGAACCCCCUCGCCGUCGCCGUCGCCAUCGAUUUCAAGGUCUCGACCGUCGCCGGACUGGAGGAGAAAGACGCCGGAAAAGAAGGCUGUCGACGAACCGUCGCUCAACAACCCGGAUCUGGGGCCCUUUUUGCUGAAGCUGGCCCGGGACACGAUUGCAUCCGGGGACAGUCCGAACAAGGCUUUGGACUACGCAAUCCGGGCGUCCGAGUCCUUCGAGCGGUGCACGGGUCGGGGCGACCCGAGCUUGGAUUUGGCGAUGAGCCUGCACGUAGUGGCGGCGAUCUACUGCAACCUGGGAAAGUUCCAGGAGGCGGUGCAGGUUCUGGAGCGUGCGGUUCGGGUCCCUGAUGUGGCGAGAGGGUCGGACCACGCGCUCGCUGCGUUUUCCGGGUAUAUGCAGCUCGGUGAUACGCACUCCAUGCUCGGGCAACUGGAUCGAUCCAUUUCAUCUUACGAAUCGGGUUUGAAGAUCCAAGUAGAAUCACUGGGCGGUUCUGAUCCGAGAGUUGCAGAGACUUGCAGGUACUUGGCUGAGGCUCAUGUUCAGGCAAUGCAAUUUGAUGCGGCAGAGAAUGUCUGCAAAAGGAUGCUUGAAAUUCACAGGGAGCAUAGUGCACCAGCAUCCCUUGAAGAAGCAGCUGAUCGCAGGCUUAUGGCUCUGAUCUAUGAGGCAAAGGGAGAUUAUGAAUCUGCUCUUGAGCAUCUUGUCCUUGCUAGCAUGUCAAUGAUUGCCAAUAGUCAAGACAUUGAGGUUGCAGCUAUAGAUGUUAGCAUUGGUAAUGUUUACUUGUCACUCUGCCGCUUCGAUGAGGCAGUUUUUUCAUAUCAGAAGGCACUUACGGUCUUCAAAUCUGUGAGGGGUGAAAAUCACCCUUCUGUCGCCUCGGUCUUUAUUCGCCUUGCCAAUCUCUACUAUAGAACAGGCAAGCUGCGAGAAUCCAAAUCCUACUGUGAGAAUGCCCUGAGGAUAUAUUCAAAACCCAUGCCUGGAACAACGUCUGAGGAGGUUGCCAGUGGGUUGACUGAAAUCUCAGCCAUAUAUGAAGCUGUGAAUGAUCCUGAGGAGGCACUGAAGCUCUUGCAGAGGGCAAUGAGGUUAUUGCAGGACACCCCUGGACAACGUAGUACAAUUGCUGGGAUAGAAGCGCAGAUGGGUGUGAUGUUUUACAUCGUUGGGAGGUAUAGAGAGGCUCGGAGCUCUUUUGAGAAUGCUGUAGCAAGGCUUCGUGCCAGUGGGGAGAGUAAAUCUGCCUUCUUUGGAAUACUUUUAAACCAGAUGGGAUUGGCUUGUGCGCAACUAUAUGACAUAGAUGAGGCUGCCACCUUGUUUGAAGAAGCAAGGGGCAUAAUGGAGCAGGAGUGUGGCUUGUGUCACUUGGACACACUUGGGGUAUAUAGCAAUCUUGCAGCGACUUAUGAUGCCAUGGGAAGGGUGGACGAUGCAAUUGAGAUAUUGGAGUACAUUCUUACCGUGAGGGAAGAAAAACUUGGGACUGCAAAUCCGGAAGUUGAUGAUGAGAAGAAAAGGCUUGCUCAGCUAUUGAGAGAAGUGGGUCGGUCUCGCAGCAGAAAAGGAAAAUCACUCGAAAAACUCCUCGAUUCCAGUUCCCUGGGGAUGAAGAGGGGACAAAAGGGUGGAUAUGGUUUCAAAACUUGAUCAAUAACUUGAUUCCCUCAUCAUUUUCUCUUCCUACGUGGAAGCCUAUCUUCUUCUUCUACCAUUUUUUUUUUUCCAAAUAUAAUCUUUGUAACAUAUAAGUAGGGGCAAGAAGCUUCAAUGAAUUCUCCAUUUUUACUAGAGAACCAAUUUUUCCUUCUUCCAA